AUGGAUCACAGAGGCCUUUAUUGUCCAGGCGAGUUGGACGUGCUGUAUCAAGAUCGCAAUAGAUCAGAGACUACAAUUUGUCUACCAUCACCAUCACCUGCAAAGCGAGGAUCAUCUUACUACCCAACAGCCGGCGCAAAGGUCCUUGAAGAGUCCAAUCUCGAUCCCUUUUACCUCGAAGAAUCAUUGGCAGCUACGCCGUCUUGGAAUCCUUACACAUCGGAUAUGCGCAAUGAUAGUUUUGAAGACGAAAGCCAAUAUUACCCUCUCUCCUUGACCCACAACAAGGACAUCCACAACCCAUUACAAUACCCUGGACCAGAUCGCUCCACACUCGCACAGGUGGAGUUGGAGAACAGCUUGAGAUUCCACCGAUACACUCCCUCAACGGAGGAAGACAGUCCGCUUCACAGCAGCCACGUCUCGUUCAGCUCCAUUCACACGGACAGCACCACCCCAGACUUGACACCUAGCACCUCUUUUUCUUCUGCCUACGAUUCACCUAGCUGCCCCGACGCUGUCUUCGAGGCUACUCAGCAGCUGUACGAGCACGCAAACCAGGUUCAGAGCGAGCCGCGUCGCCGCUUCUAUCUCCCUGCAUCUACACCACCUAAAUACUCUCUUCCCCCUCCCCCUCCGGUGCCGGCUUUGACUCCGGCGGAUACUCGUCCAACCACACCUUGCUUUCAACACUCCAACGAUUCUACCACAACUAUCACCAUGGGCUAUGAGGACGCAACAGGGUCCUGCACAUCGCGGACUCACCGUAGGAAGCAGCCUCCUGCUGUUCUCAACCUGUCGCGUGCGGCGAGUUUCCACAACACCUCUCGUCGCAAGCAAUCCAGUCCUGGAACCCGCCCUCCCCUGGACGCUUCCAUGAUCUCCCCUCCAUCCUUGAUCAACCCCGUCACCAUGGAACCUCACAUGACACACUUUGACCACCCACUGUUCAUCCCCGCCAACGACUGCCCUAGUCCCGUUCCCAGUCCUGUGGCUAGCUCCCCACCGAUCUCCCGCCAGUGGACCGCAACUUCAAUGGAGCGACCUUCAAUUUCAACCAUCGAUGCCUUCUGCGAGCAGUCCGUCUGGGAGUCCGACUCCGAGUCCGAGUCUGCUGGCCGUAAAUCCAUGUCCCGCCGGCCCAUCGACACCCUGCGCAAGGUUCGGAGCCGUGCUAAACUCCGCGGUGCCAAGUCACAGCCUAGACUUCACCAAACUAUGCUCGAUGGCCAGACCUUCGAGCAGUUCCCGUGUAUGCCAGAGGACAUCAUGGGGGAGCCUAUCCCAGAAGCCUUCCGCCCCAGCAUGGACCGGCCCAGCACUGUCAAAGAUGCCAUGAGGUCAUACAACGGCCUGAAUACACUGCGUCUGGUUGCUCCCUCCUCCACCUCUCUGACUCGCCCUCCCCGCUCCCGCAAGAACAGCAGUACCAACAGCUCCGACGUUGACCGCUCCGCAGCUGCCGCUUUCCAAGCACAGUUCCGGCGCCGCCAGCGCUCUGACUCCCCCACAUACUCCAACAAUUCCAACUCUGACAAGGGUGACAAGGAGAAGUUGACUUCGUUCUGCUACGACCAGUACUCCCAAGCCCCUAUCAAUGGAGCUCGCGAGCAAAGGCCUCUCUUGCAGCGAUUCAUGAGCUCCCUGCGUUCAUUAAAUUGCCAGAAGCCCCCAAAGUCUCACAAGAAGACCAAUGUUACCACCAUCUGA